AUGAUGAAUUACUUAUUCCAAAAAAAUUCUAACCGACUUUUCUAUAAUUCCUCAGUUCUAAGAAUUGAGGCUGUUGAUCCAGUUCAGGCAUUGUUUUUGAAAUACGUAAGAGAAUAUUUCCAAAAAUUAAAACAAAACAACGGUGUUAUUUUUGAUGUGUCACCUGAACUGGAAAAGGACCGUGCUUUUAAACAGAAAACGCUGGCUGAACGUUAUUUUGGGAAUAUGGACCCAAAAUUAUUUGAGAAAUUUCCUGAGAUGAAAUACGAAGAACCAACGUUGGAUGAUAUCAAUAUUUCCAGAGCUCAUCCAUUGAUGAAGAAAAGUUGA